AUUAGAUACUCUUUGCAUAUUGUGUACUCUAAUAAUAUGAUAGACAGAGUAUGCUGAACAUUAAUAAGAAGAUAUACAUACACUACAGUAGAAAUAAUUACUUUUAUUGGAUUGCUAUUUUUUAAUAUAAUUUUAACUACACAUGGCGUUAAAAGGGAUAAAAGUUAUAGAAAUGGCUGGACUUGCACCAGGACCAUUUUGUGGAAUGUUAUUAGCAGAAUUUGGAGCUUCUGUAAUAAGAGUAGAUAAAGUUGGAAAUGGCCAAGAAUAUCCGGAUUUUGUUGCUCAUGGAAAACGAUCUAUAGCAUUAGAUUUAAAAACAGAGGAGGGUGUUGACAUUUUUAAGAAAAUGUGUAAUUGUAAUGAUGUAAUAAUAGAUCCCUUUCGUAAAGGUGUCAUGGACAAAAUGAAAAUUGGACCUGAUGAUAUAAUGCAGAUAAAUAAACGAAUCAUUUACGCUAGAUUAACUGGAUUUGGACAAAAAGGUCCUUAUGCAAAUAUGGCAGGUCAUGAUAUUAAUUUUUUAUCAUAUAUUUUAUUGCUUCAACAAAUGAAUUGUUUUCACUUAGGGUUACUUUCUUUAUUCGGACGUGCUAAUGAGAAACCAACACCACCUGUCAAUUUAGCUGCUGAUUUUGCUGGUGGUGGUUUAAUAUGUGCCCUAGGUAUAAUUCUAGCACUUUUGGAACGUAAUCGUAGUAAUUUAGGCCAAGUUGUAGAUGUUUCUAUGGUAGAAGGUACAGCAUAUUUAGGAAGUUGGUUCUUCAGGUCUCAGCUAAUGAAGUUUCUUUGGGGUAAACCACGUGGUCAGAAUAUAUUAGACACAGGCACACAUUUUUAUAAUACUUAUGAAACAAAGGAUAAACGUUAUAUGGCAGUUGGUGCUAUUGAGUCAAAAUUUUAUAAUAUUUUGUUAGAAAAACUUGGUUUAGUUGAGGAUGAAGUACCACAAUUCCAAAAUUUUGAUAAAAAUCAAGCAUUGUUUGCUGAUAUAUUUAAGACAAAAACGCAGGCUCAAUGGUGUGCUAUUUUUGAUGGUGUAGAUGCUUGUGUAACACCAAUUUUAAAUUUAAAGGACACACUGCAUCAUCCACAUAAUAAAGAAAGUGAAACUUUCAAAGUUACAGAAGAUAAUUGUAUAAUACCAAAUCCUUCACCACGAUUAUCUCGUACACCUGGUAUCUCAAUGGCAACUUGUAAAAUUCCAGAACAAGGAGAACAUAGUAUCGAAAUUCUUACUGAAUUAGGGUUUAAUUCUCAGGAGAUCGACAAUUUUAUUAGAAACAAGGUAGUUACACAAGCUCUAUCUCAGUGCAAAUUAUAAAACUAUCCUACAAUUACAAUAAAUUCAAUAUAGAUUAUUGAAUAACAUGUAACAAAUAAUAAUAUAUUUCAAUAUUAUUUGAUAUAUACUGAAUAAUAUUAACAAACAGUUGCAGAAAAAUAAUAAAAAUAUAUA